AUGUUACGAAAUGUACCAAUGAAAUUAAAUUUAUUCUUUAAUCAGUCAUUUCAACGACAAAUAGCCAAUCGAUUUUUUAGUUCACAGGGUGUGCAGGAUAUCGCCGGUUUUAAGUCACUAGCAUCGUCAGAAACAUUACGAGAUUUUACUUACCCACAAGGUAUUCAAGGUGCAAUUGAAUCCGACGAUGCAUUUUACCAGACAUGGUUAUUGAACUGUAAGAUGUAUGGUUAUGAAAACUGCGAAGAAAAAUUACAAGAAAUGAUAACACAAAACAAGGAACUAUUUACGUUAACAUACGGAGCAUUUGUCGCACAACUUCUCAAUGAUUAUGAAAAUGUUGAUGAAGUAAACAAACAAUUGGAUAAAAUGUCAGAAAUAAUUCUUAUUGUCACUUGUAGAAAUCCUAAUAUUGGACGUUGUGUUGAUUUUCGAGAAACAGCUGAUGUGAUUACUAAGCAAGGAUUUAAAACUUAUUUGGGUAUUGUACCAACUAUUUCUAAUUGGAGUACUGGAGGUGAUGAAUUUUCCCUCUUACUUGAUGGUAAUCCAUUAACUGAAUUUGUUGAAUUACCCGAACAAAGUUCUAAAUUAAAUUAUAAUCAAAUGAUAUGUGGUGCAAUACGUGGCGCAUUGGAAAUGGUCCAAUUAGAAGUUGAAUGUCGAUUUGUACAAGAUCAACUGAAAGGUGAUAAUAUAACAGAAUUAAGAAUUAAAUUUAUUAAACUUUUAGAAGAUGCAUUACCCGUAGGAGAAGAUUAA